UUAUCCAAUCGGAGGGCCCGUUGCCGCGUCACGUGGUCUUUAUUUAUGUAAUGUAAUGGUGUUACACAGUAACCUAGCUUUGUGGCCGUGGAUAGCCUACGUCGUAACAAGGGGUUAAAAGCGGACACACGGAUAAGUAAAAAGAAGAAAAUUAAUGUUCACAUAUUCUGGUCCGGUUCGUGCGGCGUGUAUGGAGUUUGGAGCGGCGGAGGAAGCGGCGCAUUGGACUGAGCUGAGUUUCUAUUUAACCUGAAUGGAAAGGGAUAGACGUUCAGUUACAGUAUGUGUCCCAAACCAAAGACUAAGUUAGGACUGACAAUGGAUAAAUAUGCUACGAAUAGGCAAGGUGUGAGGAGAACAUAUGAGAGCUUACAUUAGCAGUAUCCUAGCUGGACAGAAACCGGUGUACUAUUUACUGUAUCUGUAGCUGUCAGUGUGUUAUUUAAAUGGUCCGUGCAAUACUACUACACAGGAAAACCUCUCCGUGUGCAUUGCUUUAACAAGAAAAGCAACACUUGUUCCCGUGGGUCACUUGUGCUGGUGACAUAACCCAUCCACCAUGGAUCUGCUGGAGUGUCCGCUCUGUCUCUUCCUGAUGUGCGAGCCGGUGACCAUGUCGUGCGGUCACACGUUUUGCCGGAGGUGCAUUGGGAGUUGCCUCCCGUCCAAAUGCCCGACGUGCAAAGAAAGGUUAAAGCAAAGAGAAGUGAAAAGCAUGAAGAACAACGUUUUGCUCAUCAGUGUGGCUGAAAAGUGCUGCCCCGACGAGACAAAAAUGAAGUGCCAUAUACAGGAGAAGCUCAAAGCCAAGGAGUUCCUGGAAGCUUUACGCGUCGCAAACGAGGGGAUAAACUUGGUCCCAGAUGACCAGAGUUUGAGGGUGUACAGAGCUGAAGCUAACUGUGGCCUGAUGCAUUUCCCUGAGGCUCUGACGGACCUUGACUACCUCUGCUGCCUUCGUCCUAACUGGACUUGGGGCUUCUUUCGUAAAGGGAAUGUACUGCUGGAAAUGGGUCAGCAGACAGAAGCCCUCACCCAGUUCCACCAUUGCCUAAAACUUCAAACUGACUUUGUUCCUGCAAAGAGCCAGAUCAAGAAGAUCCUGGAGGCAGAGGGCAUGCCGGUGCCGGAGGAGGGGUCCCGCAUCUUGCAGAUGUUAUCUGAGUACCUGAAAGAGCCCUGCCCCAUUACCAGCCUCAGUAGCUCCCAGGGCCCGACACACCCUGAGGUCCUCAAACAUCCACAUGGGGAUGAGGGAGAGGCCCAAGAGAGGAGAGAGGCCUGCCAGGUGAAGCAUGAUACGGGUACUGAGUGCUGCCUCAGCCUCUGCCAAGCUGUUUCCUUCCUCCCCACCGCUGAAGAGGACGAGGAGAUGAUGAUGAGGAAGGAAGAUGGGCGUGGCAGGGGUGAAAGUAGUCACAGCAGAGAGAAAACUCUGGGCGUUCUCACUGUGUCAGACUUUGAGUGCCCUCUCUGCAUUAGGUUGUUUUAUGAGCCAGUCACUACUCCCUGCGGUCACACCUUCUGUAAAAACUGCAUAGAGAGGAGUCUGGACCACAACCUCCGCUGUCCGCUCUGCAAACAGCCACUACAAGAGUACUUUAAAAAUAGAAAGUACAACCCCACAGUUCUGCUUCAGGACAUCAUGAACCAGCUUUUCCCCUCACAGUUGGCUGAGAGGAAACAGGUCCACGAGGCUGAGAUGGCUGAACUGUCCAAUCUUACUAAGGACAUCCCCAUAUUUGUUUGCACGGUGGCCUACCCUGGAGUGCCCUGCCCUCUGCACAUUUUUGAGCCUCGAUACCGGCUGAUGAUGCGUCGCUGUAUGGAGACUGGCACCAAGAAGUUUGGCAUGUGCAGCUACGAGCAUGGCAAAGGGUUUGCCGACUACGGCUGUAUGUUGGAGAUCCAUAGCCUGGAGCUGCUGCCUGAUGGGCGGUCCUAUGUGGACACUGUGGGUGGCAGCAGAUUCAGGGUUCUAAAGAGAGGCCAGAGAGAUGGCUACCACACCGCUGAUAUAGAGUACCUGGAGGACCUCAAGGUCGACGGCAGUGAGUUGGAGCUUUUGCAAGGUCUUCAUGACAGCGUGUACCAGCAGGCUCAAGAUUGGUACCAGCGCCUUGGAAGCCGCAUUCGCGAACAGAUCGACAGACAGUAUGGCACCAUGCCCGACACGGAGGAAAACAUUCAAGCCUCGUCCAAUGGUCCAGCCUGGUGUUGGUGGCUGCUGUCUGUCCUGCAGAUGGACCCUGCCUAUCAAACCACUGUCCUGUCCCUGACCUCACUCAAAGACCGCCUGGGACACCUACGCCUCGUCCUUGAGUACUUCUCUCAGAGCUAGACUUCACAGCACAGUGGAUUUGUGGCCACGAUUAGCCGAUAGUCAAAUAUUGCGCACACACAGAAAAAUGGAGUGAAACCAAUGAAUGCACAAAGUUUGGGUUGGAGUUGGGACUACUCUGAAUAGUGGAGGGACUGUCUUAAUGUCUUAGCUCAAGGCAGAAAAAUAGUGAUCCUAUUACAAAACACAGUGCAGUUGUACUGAGUUGGAUUUUUGCUGUUUGAGAGUGCAAAUGUUAUCUUUCUAACCCAAUUUUCUCCCCCAGAACCCCAAGGUUUCAGAGUUUCUGAAUAUGCUUGGUACUCGCUGUACCAGUAAGACUUGUAGGGUUGACCAAAGAUGCUUCUAAUUUAGGUCCAUCAAAAAAAUAUUUAUGGAUAAAUUACAUCUUCAUUAUAGUUAAAAAUUGACACUAGGUGUAACUGUUUUUUCUUCAGUUUUCACAAACAUGAAGCCCACACAUAACAGCAUUACCCAAGCUAGUACAGCACACUGUACUUUCAUGUAUGGCCUCUUUAAAUCAGACUUGAUCUGACUAUUAACAUAGCUACGUUUGGAGUGAGAAUGAAAAUUAACAGCGCACAUAGUUUGCAGUGAAUUGUUAAGGACUAUGCACAAGUUCAUGUGUUGCAGGUUUUCAUUUUGGAUACUCUGAGUGAUUGCCCCUUGCUGAGAGGGCACUGCAUAUAAGCUGCAUUGCUUUUUAGUUGCAUCUAUUGGCCUUGACAGCCAUUGAUUAUGGCCCAUUUUAUACUAUCGAAUAAUCUGAAAAGAUCCCUAUUUAGUAUUAGUAAAUAUUGCAAUAAUAAUUUAUAGUGUCACAUGUGAUGGCGCCCACUGGAGGAUCCUUUUUUAACGAAUGAAAGCUGCUGACCUGGUUGUUGUUUGUCACCAUUUGGUGGAAAAAGUCUUCUGUGAAAAUUAUGACAUUGAUGAGGUUCGGUCUGUGAAAGGGAGACAGAGGUUUACCAGCCUAGUUUUACAAACCUGUGUGAUUCUGUAUGUGAUACCCAUGGAUGUUUAAGUAUGGAUGCAGACCUGUAUGUAUGUGUGUCAGCUGUAAAUAAGGACUUUAGGACUCUUUUUUUAUUUAGUUGUGUCGCUAUCAUCGUUAGCUGAUUUUUUUUUUUUUUUCAUUAGAUGUGGCAUGAUGUCAGCACUAAGCUAUGUCCACUCCCUCUAGGUGCAGGGCUUAAAAAUGAUGCGUCAAGACACAGUGAUGAACAUCCUUUGAUGAGGGACAACUAUAAAAUAAUCUUGUAAGGGUCCGACUAAGCCCUAGUGUAGGCCACAACCCCUACCUCUGGCCCCUACUGUGUCUCCCUGUCUGGCCCCUCUAACACCAGUCAUGUGUGUCUUUUGAGUGCCUGGCCCAACUCAUCAGGAAACCUGCAAGGCUUAGAGUUUCUACACUACAUAGAGGAUGGACUGUGUGAUUUUUGCUAUGGACUUUUAUUGAUCGAGUGCUACAUUCCAUGGAAUGUCAAAGCUGCAAUCUUGUAAUCUUGUGUAUAGUUAAUUUGCUAACAAAAAAACGGGCUUAACUGGGUGAAACAAAAGAGCUUACGUUUAUUUUUUACUUUGACAAUGUGCCAUAGAUAUUUCUAUGUUAUGUGUUUUAUAGGAGUAGUUUGCUAAAUAGUCUCACUGUGUUAAUGUUUGUCUACAUCAUGGACUCUGAAGUUAAGCUUCAAGCCUCAUGCCUUUUGUAUGGUGGGCAGUGAACUACAAUCUUUUCAUGGCCAACAUAUCACUUCAAACAGUGAAAAUUAGACCAGCAAACACACUUACAGAUAAUACAGUAGCCCUGCUAUUGUGAUAAUGUAGAUAUAGCUUAGAAAAGAAAGGGGUAAUCAUGAGACUUGAUAUGCACAAAUAUAUCCCAGUAAAGGAUGAACCAAUGGAUAGACUGAUGGAUUCUGGGAAAGCAUGGGUCACCAGAUGACCUCUGGACUUUGACCUGGGAACUAACACUUUACUUGAGGUUAAGAAACACUAUUUAACCAUUUCUUAAAACAUGUCGAUCAACCUCAGUUAAGAUUUUGAAGCCAUCUGGAAAUAAGAUUGCAGUCAAAGAUUUAAAUGUGCCAGUUAUCACAACAUUACUGACAAAUUAAAUGUAUCAUAAAGGUCAGUUUCCUGCUACCAGAAAUGAUUAAAGCUUAUUCAAAUCAAAAAGGGACUGAGGUUCUUCUACAUUUUUUUUCAAUGUACAGCCUCACUAGCCUUUGUAGGAGACACCUGGCAGCAGCAACAACAUGAGUCCAUUGGUCAUUUAGGUGAUUUUCACUCCCCUGUCCCACUUCUCAUCAGAGAAUACCAAUGUUUGCACAGUGUAAUAGUUUUGUGUAUUGUUUUUUUCUGAUGCUCAGCUGAAGUUUCUCACACUUUUUAAAUCGUGUGUGUCUGUGUGUCAUUUUUACUUCUUAAAGAUGCCGCCUUCUCACUGAAUAAAAUAUUAUGUAUUUUGAUUGGCAGCAACCAAUGUCACAUUAAACAACUCUGAACAGAACCAUUUUGUGAUUUAGUUCAUGAUAAAAAAUACUAUAUAGAUAUUUGAAAAAUACAUUAUCUCACCCCCCAUAUUUUUGAUCCAACUAUUUGCCAGCUUAAUGUUUAUAAUCCCUUAAUAGGUUCAGACUUUGUGCUGCCAAUGUAUUACAGCACAGUCAUGAUUUUUUCUCUCCUCUCAUUUGGACUACAGCUCGUACCCCUUUACACCCUGGCAGACCUCCAUGAGCCAUAGUUGCAAUGUAAUGGGCUAUCAGAAAAUGUCCUCCAACAGAGUCAAUAGUAUUUGCACAGAAUCGACAUUGUCUCAAAACGCAGAACAGAGAGCAUAAUAAGUGACCUGUUCCAAGCAGCAAUUCCCUGUGAGAACGAGUCUUACACUUGUGUACUCAGGAGAAAGCUGUGAAAAGGACCAUGGUGAUGCAUCCCUGCUAUGUACAGCUUGCAGGAAAUGUUGGCUGAUGUGGUUCGAUGGUCGGUGGUCUGUGGGCUUUGUAGACUAGAGACACGCACUGUUGUUCUCUGCACACUGCGGUCAGAUGCGUCAAUGUAAGUAAGUUUAAACACAUUGAAACUACAAGGCAAUUUCUGUCUGAUUCAUUUGUAUUCAUUCCCACACCUCCAAGCCAAGAGCAGUAAAUUAUCUUGAUCUGAUUACUGUUUAUUUGCUUGCCCCCUGGAUGACUUUUUAAAUGUUACUAUGAAUAAAGCUUUUCAAGGCAAAUUCUGCAUUAUCUUCA